UGAAAGCUGAAAUUUUUAUCACGCACGUGGCCACUUUAGAGACUGAUCUAGAAAAUUAUUUAGUUUAUUUUUGUUUAUUUAUUUAGAAAAUUAAAUAUUUAAUUAUCAACUCAAACUAAAAGUAGUGUUUUAACCAGGUGACAAUGACAGCAAAAAGAUUUUUUGUAAAUUUAUCAGCAUUGGCAAGUGCAAGUAUUGGCGGCUGGUAUGCUGGUAAAUAUUACGAACGUAAUCAUCAUGAUCAGGAAUUUUUUACCAAUCAAAGAGAUGGAACGAAUUUGAAUUUGAAACGAAUGCCGGGGCUUCCAAUAUUUGGAACUGUUUCUGCUGCUGUGCCUAUGGUACCCAGUGACAGUGACAGUUCCAAAGUGUCAACAUCUCGCGUCUCACAGAUUAUGAAAUAUGGAUUUCCUAGUCUAGAUAAUAUCAGAUCUUUUGAUGACUUUGUGCUGGCAUAUGACAGAAGAAACCGCGUAGCUCAUUGGGUGUUUGAACACUUGUCAAAAGAAACUUUGAAAAGUACCGAAGAUGUCAAUAGAGCUUCGUGUGAAUUCAAACCUGAUGAAAGCAUCCAUCCAUUUUUUAGGGCGACUAAUAGUGACUACAAAGGCAGCGGGUACGACCGCGGACACAUGGCGGCUGCAGGAAAUCAUAAGAAUUGUCAGAAAAAUAUACAGCAGACUUUUCACUUAUCUAAUAUAGCACCUCAAGUUGGCCCCGGGUUCAAUAGACAUUCAUGGAAUCGCCUGGAAAAAUAUGUCAGACAUUUAACUAAAAAUUAUAAGGACGUUUAUGUUUGCACUGGACCUCUCUACUUACCAAAGCGAGAAGGCGAUGGGAAAAAAUACAUAAAGUACGAAGUAAUAGGAACAAAUCACGUGGCAGUACCGACCCACUUUUUUAAAGUAAUAGUCUGCGAAACUAAUGACUCUAAGUACGAAAUGGAAGUUUAUGUGAUGCCCAAUACGGCCAUCGAUGACGACACUCCGCUAAAAAAAUUCCACGUACCUCCAGAGAGCGUCGAACGCGCGUCGGGACUUUUAUUUUUCGACAGAAUUUCCCGCGAAAAACUGUCCAAAGUGAACGGACAAAAAAAAUAGACAAUUUUAUAGCGCAAUUUAAUUUAAUAAAAAAAAGAGUAUUUAAUUUUUUAAUUAACGACUAAAUUGAUGGUAGUAAAAUAUAAUUGUAAAAAAUAUAUAAUUGUAUAUAAAGUAUAUUGUUUUUUAAUAUU